GGUGGACACACAUCAGUCUCAUACACAAAAAAACACCAAAAUGAAAGUAUACAGUGCAGCUUUCUUCGUGGCAGUUUUCGCCUUUUUGUAUCCCCAGUCUACAGAAGCGAAUGUUUCAAAGUGUUACUACUGCAUGCACACAUGCAGCGACCCGCUGGAAGUUCAAAACUGUCCAAGUUAUGGCGACUGGAGAUGUAUUUCAGCUAAGGCCGAAGCUAAUGGACAAAAGGACGAAGUUAAAGGAUGUAUUUCCAGUAGCGACAGUUCAACGAAGGCAAAUUGCGACAAGAUCGACAAUGCAGAUGGCGGAAAAUGCUUCAUUUGUGACUCGGAUCUUUGUAACUCGGCUGGAGUUUACUCAGCUUCAGUUAUUUUGCUGUCUAGUUUGUUCUUUCUUCUUACGAAACUUGUAUAAAUUGUAGAAAUUGUAGCUAAAUUUAUCUGUUUUGUAUUAUGCAGUAGGUUUUGUUCGAAAAUGUAUCAAAGUAGAGUAAAACCAAUAAAUUAUUUUUAUUACUA